AUGGCCGAACAACUUUUUAUGAUGUAUGAUGAAAAUAUGAUUGAUGAUGAGGAAUUAUUGUUGUUGCUAGAAGAAAACGAACACAGUAACUUACACAUUGGUCUUCCGUACUGGAAGUACGAAAGAUUUAGCCUUGAGGAUAUGAGAGACGACGAGUGUGAAGUUGAAAUGCGUUUCAAGAAAAAUGAUAUUUACAAUUUGGCUUUUUCCUUGAAAUUACCUGAAGUUUACCGGUGCUAUAAUGGUUUGGUCGUUGACUCUGUUGAAGCUCUUUGUGUUUGCCUAAAACGGUUUGCAUAUCCAUGUAGAUAUGCUGACUUAGUACCGAGGUUUGGUCGGCCUGUGCCACAACUGUGUAUGAUUACCAACACUGUAGUUGAUGACCUAUAUGAGAGGUACUCACACCUGUUUCAAGACCUUGACCAACCGUGGUUGUCUCCAGAAAACCUACAACUGUAUGCGACUGCGAUACAUAAUAAAGGUUCUGCACUUGACAAUUGGUUAGGCCAAUUUGUGGACCAAAGCGGAAUCAAAGAGACGUUUACAAUGCCACAAGCGAGUACAUGCUUUAAAGUAUCAGUCUGUCGUGGCACCAAAUGGAUUAAUAGCUAA